UAGGCUGCGGAAAUGGCGGCGGGGAGUAGUCAAGACCAGGAGACCCGAGGGAUUUGAAGAAUUGAUUUGGUGUAUGGACAUCACUGAUACCUCCAAAUGAAGCUUGGAUGCUUAGUGCUUGGACAGAGAGUGAAAACCCAGAGGAAGAUAGUUGGUGGCAGAACUACUGACAAUGAAACCAGUGGAAUCAGUGACCUUCAAUGAUGUAGCAAUCAACUUUACCAAGGAAGAGUGGGCCAUGCUGGAUAUGAACCAGAGAAAGAUGUUCAGAGAUGUUAUGCUGGAGAAUAUCAAUCAUCUGGUGUUCAUGGGGUAUCAGGUCUGCAUAUCAGAAGUGCUUUCACUGUCAGAACAAGGGGAACUGUGGAGAGAAGGAUUAAGGUUUCUCCAAGUACAGAGUCCAGGCAGGGAAAAUGACUAUCAAAAAGAAGAAAUGAUAACCAUGCAACAUAUCUCUGAGAAGGACACAUCUGCUAACCAGACAAAUCAGAUUUCUCACACUGAAGAGGAUCCCCUUGAAAGUAAUGAUUUGGGAGAAUAUUUCACUCACUGCACAAUGACUGACAUGGGAAAGAAAUCCAAUGUAAACAAACAAUUUCAAAAUGUUCUCAAUUAUCAUUCACUCAUUGGUCAAAAUAAGAAAACUCAAACUGGAUGUAAAUCAUAUAAUUGUCAUCUAUGUGGAAAAGUCUUCAGAAGUAAUUCUGGCCUUAGACAACUUGAGAAAAUACACACUGGAGAAAAGCCAUAUGGCUACCAUCUAUGUGGAAAAGACUUCACUGGUAGUUCUACCCUCAGACAACAUGAAAGAAUUCACACUGUAGAGGAUCCAUAUGUCUGCCAUCUAUGUGGGAAUUCUUUCAGUCAAAGUUUUAACCUUAGGCAACAUGAAAGAAUUCACAAUGUGGAGAAACUAUAUGCCUGCCAUGUAUGUGGGAAAGACUUCACUGAUAGUUCUACACUCAGACAGCAUGAGAGAACUCACACUGGGGAGAAACCAUAUGUCUGCAAUAUGUGUGGGAAAUCCUUCAGUCAUUGUGGUACCCUUAGGCAACAUGAAAGAAUUCACACUGGAGAGAAACCUAAUAUCUGCAAUAUAUGUGGGAAAUCCUUCAGUCAUUGCGGUAACCUUAGGCGACAUGAAAGAAUUCACACUGGGGAGAAACCCAAUAUCUGCAAUGUAUGUGGGAAAUCCUUCAAUUGUUGUGAUACCCUUAGGCGACAUGAAAGAAUUCACAAUGGGGAGAAACCAUAUGUCUGCAGUAUGUGUGGGAAAGCCUUCAGUCAUUGUGGUACCCUUAGGCAACAUGAAAGAAUUCACACUGGAGAGAAACCAUAUGUCUGCAGUAUGUGUGGGAAAUCCUUCAGUCAUUGUGGUACCCUUAGACAACAUAAAAGAAUUCACACUGGAGAGAAACCCAAUAUCUGCAAUAUAUGUGGGAAAUCCUUCAGUGAUUGUGGUAACCUUAGGCAACAUGAAAGAAUUCACACUGGAGAGAAACCCAAUAUCUGCAAUAUAUGUGGGAAAUCCUUCAGUAAUUGUGGUAACCUCAGGCAACAUGAAAGAAUUCACACUGGAGAGAGACCCAAUAUCUGCAAAAUAUGUGGGAAAUCCUUUACUCGUUGUGGUAACCUUAGGCGACAUGAAAGAAUUCACACUGGGGAGAAACCCAAUGUCUGCAAUACACAUGGGAAAUCCUUCAGUCUUUGUGGUACCCUUAGGUGACAUGAAAGAGUUCACACUGCAGAGCAACUACAUGUCUGCCAUCUGUGCAGGAAAUCUUUCUAUGU